AUGGUUCAACUUGAUUCAUGGGUUAAUUUUUGGGAUAAAACUCCCGAUCUUCUCAAAAACGAGACCCGCGGUAUUGCAGUUCAUGAGCGUCUUAAUAAGUUCCUCGCUGAAUUCUCGAAACUUCAGAAUGACGCUUUUUCUGCCCAGAAGAAACUCUGCGAAAAAUAUGUUGUAGAUACUGCGAAGUGUUUUGGUGUUGAUAACAGUUAUGCCUCGGCGGUCAACGAGUUUUUGCGGAUCACUCAACUCUUGAUUGAUACUGAAGGUUUGAUAUCCGGAUCCUUCGAGAUUCAAACUACUGGUGACUUCAAAAAUGGCAUUGAGGAUGAGAAGCGGAGAUUGAAGCGCUGGAAGCAUGAUCGGGAAAGGCUGACCUCCGAAAUGAAAAUGCAGACACGAAUAAUUGAGGAUGAGAUGAAGCGAUAUAGAGAUAAAUAUCGCGAGAUGGUUAAAGCAACGGAAGAUUUCUUACGUAUCGAUGCCGAUAAGUCCCACUCUCAGGCUGAUGUGGAAAAGGCCUCUACUUUUGCCCACCUGCGAACCAAGGACUUCGAACGUGCCAGGCGUGACUACGAGGCCGCACUGAAUCAAUUCAACUUGUACCGACGUGAUCACUUUAAUCGUACUCUACCACUCUGGGCCCAGGUUGGCUAUCAGCUUGGCAGGGAUCGAUACUCACGCACGCAAACCCUUUUGAAUACACUUUCUGAGCGCAUUCGUGUUGCGAUGGAGCGAAUGAACACGGUUUGCAGUGAACUACGAAAGAUUUGCGACACAUUCGAAUUAGAUCGGGACAUCGAUAGAUUUCUGUCAUGCAUUCGUUCCGGUAUCCCUUGCCCUGGCGACAUUGCAUUCGUCGAUUUGGCCGCAAUGCAUCCCAUGCCUUCGCAAUCAACUUGCCUGGAAUCUGUGGCUGAGAAAUCGGCCACAUUCGGUGACUCCAAAUUGCCACCAAAUUUUUACGCUUCAGUAAGCGCGGCAGAUUUAGCGGCUUUAGAGCAGGCAGGAUUGACCAAGGAUUCACCGAAUGAUGGACCUAUGUAUGCGGGCACAUCUUCGUUAUAUUCAACUUUCUCCGCCGUUGUUAACAGUGGCCUCGGAGCAACAAGCCGGAGACCCAGCAUCAAUAGCCGUCACAAUCCCGGUAGUCCAUCUGGCUAUGGACAUGGAAUCCUACGCCGGUUCUUCUCUCGUAGAAGUCGAAGUGUGACUAAUAUGAAACCCAGUUAUAAUGGUGCAGGGGUGUCGGAAUUGUCUCUGGCAAAAGAAAGCUGCACGAGAACGUACAGAAGCCUUGUUGGAAGCAAUCCAUCUAGCCGUGUCCGGGAUUUACUAGAUAGCAGCGAUUUUUCCGACACUAGCUUCGAAUCCGGUGAUAACCAAAGGAGAGACGAAAAUGCAAAUGCUACGACAAACGCUUACGCGUCCACUUCUGUCCUCAUUGGAAUCAAAAAGGAAGACAUGUUUGGCAGCGAAGCACCGGCCUCCAGCCCACAGGAUCAACCGUGCCCUCACCACACUGCUCCGUUAGCGGAACCCGAGCCUAAUCCCUUCAUACAAAACACUCAGCCACUUGGCACGGAGAGCCAGCCGGGUGUUGCUAAGAAUAGUCAACAUUUGUUAAAUGGACAUCCUGUCUCGAGGGCGUAUGAUGAAAACUUUUAUCGGAGAACCACGGCGGAUUUGCAUGCAAAGGCCAGAGAGAAUGGGUGUCGAUCUCCUCGCAAGCACCCCAGCCCAAUUGCCACGGACAAGAGGAUUCCUCACCCUUCUUCAGGGUCAUUUGUGAGACUUCCACCACUAGUCAUCGCGCAAAAACUUCAGAAUUACUGUGCUGUACGCACUGUGGAUACCCGACCGAGUUCAAUCGGUAGAGUUUCUGAAAGUUCUAACCCCGCAAAUUUUUCAGGCAAGAUGGAUAGAGUGGAUGCUAAUUCGCGAAACAAACCAGGCUCAUUUGAAGUCUCAGAACAACCAAGUAGUGAACAUAAUGCCAACUUGGAGGCGAAUUCCGCCACCUCAUCGCCGUCUAUUUCAUACGAUCGCCAUUCGAAUAGCAGAACUCGACACGGGCCAGAUGAACACUACUAUCCUCGCAAAUCCGCAAUUCGCGCCGGCACUUACCAUGAGGCAACGGUUAUCGUGGGAUAUUGUGUCGCUCGAUACGACUUUUCAGCCGAGGGCUUCGAGUCAUGCUAUCUGCCCUUCACCGCCGGAGAGAAGUUCUACAUGGUGGCUCCGUCAGCUUCCGAGGAUACAAGUCAGUGGCUGCACGUCAUGCGAUGUACCACACGAGAGCUAGGGUAUGUGCCGACUGGUUUCGUGGAGCAGCAACUUUAUGCACAACCAUCGGUGCUUCCCGCACACGCCGUUUCCGGCGGCGAGUCAAAUGCUAUCUCCGACCAAGAUGUUUCCUCUCGCGGCGAAGCCCUGUUCUCACGCUCCAAUGUGCAUUCCCCAAUUGUUCAAGCUAGAACACACAGAAGUCCUACAAUUGGUAGCCCUGUUUUCACUCGACUGGCCAGCGUGUCCAACGACACUGAGUUAUAGCUCUAUUGCCAGGUCGGUAAUUACAAACCGACCUACUAGGUCUUCCGGACACGUUUUCCCAAAGCAACCACAGUCUUUCACAGAGCAAAUUACAUGAAACAAUGGUUACAUGCAUAGACUGUACAUACUGCAUCCGACUGAUUUUUAUGGGGAUAUAUCUCGUACUCUACGAUGUCAUCGUUCGGGCAAAAUGACCAUAGGAGUUUUCAUUCCUAGGCUGUCGAUUUUUCACAGAAUCGUGUAACUAGCAUUUUAUUGAAAAUGUUUGUAUGUAAGAAAGUCGAUUCUCAAUAUUCAAAAACUUGCU